UGGACUAGCAAGUACCAAAUAAAACACGUGUUUUUAGAUGGGAAACGACUGGACAAGUUGAAGUGGGGGGUAAUGCGCCGGUGGAUAAGAUACAACACAUACAUCUAAAGGCACCUCAGUUUCUCCAAAAGCGACAGAAGAAGAGAUCAAUCAUAUCUCCAUCCCUGUGGCCGUGGCACCCCGUGGCCAAUAUGGGCUUUACGCACAGUAUAGCGCAUGGAAUGUUGUCACAAUAUUGUCAAGUUGACAAUAACAUUUUUGUGAGGUGCUAAGAAAGCAGCUACACAUGAUUGGAGUUACUUAAGGGCCUGAAGUGCACGGAAAUUACGCUGAAGACAGUUGUUAAUUCAACAGAAAUCAGAUAAAGAGGAAGUGCGCUAUCUGCCAGCCGUCAGGGGAAACCGGAUAACUUGUGUGAGCACUGAACACUAUGCUGACAGUUGGCGCACAACAAACGUGGGAAAUAAUGGUUGUUCGGUUUUUUGUUUUCUUAAUAGCAUCUCACCUUGUUGUUUCUCUUCGGAUACAGAAGCCUCUAAACUGUUCGCAAAAGGGGCUGAAUUGUACAGCUACUAAAAGCAACUGCUUAGACGGCGGCUUGGUGACCAGAGACAAAAUGAAAGCGCCGAACAGCCCUGUAUUAAAGGGGCCCCUCAGCUGGACGCUUUGGGAUAAGGAUGGCGACCUUGUGCCCGUGUUGCGUCUGCACUGGAGAGCACCGGCUGACGUUUCGGUAAAGAUGAUGCAAGGGAGUGAGUUUUCUGUGCUGGAGCACUGCACUAACCAAAGUCUUUGCAUUCAAUACCUGUUUGACAACAAAUUAAAUGACCCAAACCCUGAUGAUGAAGUGUGGUCUUUCACAUCCGACAGUGUGGGGGUUGAGCCAGGAUGCCAAUACUCGAUCUCCUUCUCUCACUUGCCCAAACUCCUUACAAGUUUUGAAACGAAAACAAUCACACACACCAUCUCAAUCCCUGACUGUUCAAAUCCAAAGAUCAAGGCAUGUGAACGAUGUUCCAGACAUGGGAGCCUUUGGCAGCCCAACAUUACAUGGUCUGAAUCCCAGAGGGGGUUGAACCAGUUGGACAUCUCUGCAAGCUUUGAUGGCUGGAUACACGCCGAUGAAUAUGAAUUAAUGAUCAACGACACACACUUCCCUGAACCUAGAACUAUGAUCAUACCAAAGAGUGAAGACCUUCAGAAAAGGCUGAAUGCCAACUUUACACUUGACCUCCUAUGGCUGAUCCAGUCUAAUAAAUCAUGCCAACUGGCCAUCAAAGUUACACCAAAAUCUGGACAAUGUAUAAAAGCGUGUGUGGAUCACUGGGAAAAAAUAAACAUCUGUAACUAUACUACACCGCUGUUAAGGAAAAGGCUUUUCUGGUUCGUUCCUGUCCAAGUGCUGGUCAUGCUGGCUGCUGGUUACCUUGGUGUCCUGCUGCGGAGGUGUUGUCAUCCAGAUGUUUCUAUGACCCAGCACUCUAUGACCCAGCACCACAAAACCGCCAACUACCAGUCCAGCCCAGCGAAGAAGAUACCCGCACAGAAAACAGCCACCCAGAGGAUCCUCAUCCUGUACUCCCUGGACCACCCGCUCUACAAGGAGAUCAUCCUGAAGCUGUGUGCCUUCCUUAGGGCCAAGUGUGGUGCGGAGGUCACCCUGGACCUCCUGGACUCGGCCUGGCUGAGCACCGUAGGCCAGCUGCAGUGGUUGGAGAUGCAGAUGCAGCAGAGGAGCGAUGGGCCGCACGGCUCCUUCUCCAAUGACAAGAUCCUCAUCCUCUGCUCACGGGGCGUCAUGGCCAAGUGGAGGGCCAUGUGUAGCGGUGGUGCUGGUGGUGGUAGCCAUGAUGGUGGUGGUGGUGGUAGCAGUGGGAAUAGGGGUUGUUCCAGUGAUGGAGUCUACAGAGUGACUCUGAGGGAGGACCUGGCCUCCCCAGCAGGCGACAUGUUCACCCCGGCCCUGGCCCUCAUCGUGCCGGACUUUGUGCGCUCCAAGUCCCUGGAGAGGUACAUGGUGGCCUACUUCGAGGAUGUCAGCGACGAGGCUGACGUCCCGUUGCUCUUCCAUGUCACCGUCAGAUACCAGCUGAUGAGGCACUUUGAGCAGCUGCUCUUCAGGAUCCUGGGCCAGGAGCAGCAGGAGCCAGGCACAGUCAAGCGCAUCUAUGGCAUCGCAGAGGAGGACUACUUCCACUGUCCAGCAGGGAGGGCCCUGAGAGACGCCAUCGCGGCGUUUCGGGCCUACCAGCAGGAGAACCCGGACUGGUUCCGGCAGGAGCUCGUGUGUGAUCCAGAGGAGACGGUAGAUAGUGGUUUAGAUUGUCAGCCCCAGGAAAAGCCUGUGCACGGUUAUAUCCAAGAGAGCCUGGAGAACGAGGCAGACUCUGCCCUCACUGCAAGUGUGCUCACUCAAAAUCUGUCCCAUGCAAGCUUCUCUGUAGAUUAUGCUCACUUAUAUCCAUCUGUUAACCAGGUGGCGUUCACCGGUUCUCCUAAGCUCACUGAGUCCCUGCUGUGCUGUCAGGGCUUCACCUUUUCAGAGCAUAAACAACAAUUGCUUAUUGCACAUUCGACUGACUCUGUAACAGUGGAGGAAGAAUGUGAGGAACCCUACUGGUCUGCAGGACAUGCUAGUGAGUGUGAAGAACAUUUGAGACAAAACCAGCUGAACUGUACAGAUAAGGAGGAUGGAUGGUUCUGCUAUGAACCACAACAGCAUGAUGCAAAACCAAGUGCUGUAUCGUGUCAGAAAAGUGUAUCUUGGAGAGGAGUGGGCGAAGUUCAAAUGUGCAGGCCUAUUUUAUUAAAGUGAUGCAUUUCAGGUUAAAAUUAUACCUUUUGUCAGUGAUAUCUAUUCUACAUUA